UGGCAUCAAAUAAAAAUAGCAAAAUUUAGAUAUCACCUUAUGGAAUGAAGAGGUGGUUUUGGGGAAGGACGAAACCAAUGCUUAAUGUUCAUCUCUCUUCUCGCCCUUUUCCAAGAACUCUUCUCCACAUCUUCUCUUUUAAUUAAUAAAUUAAAAAAAAAGUUAAGGUUUUUCCGAUCUAUUGCAUUGCCAACACAAUCAAUUGCAGAAGGAUAUAGUCAUUUAAAUUGAGACUAUUAUUAGAUAAUGUCUUCAAACUCCACUUCAAGCAAUUCAUCGUCUUCCAGAUCAUCAUCCUCAAAAGAUGCACCUUUUUUGCCCCAAAGAGAUGCUUCAUCAUAUCUUAAAAAAUCCUCGCCAUCUUCAAAUUUAAAGAGCUUUGAAAUGAUAAGCCAGUCAUUCAGAGAUCACUCUUUUUCUAUACAUGCUACACCGCCACCCCACAAAAACUCGAACAAGAAAUCAACCAAAUCCAAAGAUCCACUUUCUUCAAAUGUACCCAUAUUUAUUGGGGUUGGGAUAGGAGUUGUUUUGUUCUUUAUUCUUAUGACAAUUACAUGCAUUUGCUGCUCCAAGAAAAAGAAAAAGCCUCACAAUCCAAUGCAAUGUUAUGCAGAUACCUCAGGGUUCCAAGGUGACUACUAUAAUAGUGGACCACAACAAAAAUGGCAGAAUGAACACCAAAAGAUGGAUAACGUCGUCAAGCUUCCACCACCUCCAAGCUCACAUAGUCCGCUUGGAGGUGGAUGGCAUCCCUCAACACCUCCCUCAAUGAUAAGUAGUGGUGAUAUGAGCUCUAACUACUCAAGUCUCCAUGAUCCUCCAUUACCAUCCCUCUCUCCAACUUUAGGCCUCGAGUUCAACAAGAGUACCUUCACCCUUGAGGAACUUGUUGCUUGCACCAAUGGCUUCUCACAAGCUAAUCUCUUAGGGCAAGGUGGUUUUGGUUAUGUGCACAAAGGAGUAUUACCUAAUGGAAAGGAGGUCGCGGUGAAGCAGCUUAAGUCAGGGAGUGGGCAAGGGGAGAGAGAGUUUCAAGCAGAGGUUGAUAUUAUUAGCCGGGUCCACCAUCGCCACCUAGUGUCCCUUGUUGGAUAUUGUAUAGCUGGAUCUCAAAGGAUGUUGGUAUAUGAUUUCGUACCGAACAAGACUCUUGAGUACCACCUCCAUGAAAAGGGUCUUCUAGUGAUGGAAUGGUCUACAAGGCUUAAAAUUGCAUUAGGAUCAGCCAAAGGCCUUGCUUACUUGCAUGAAGAUUGCCACCCACGUAUUAUUCACCGUGAUAUCAAAUCUUCCAACAUUCUUUUGGAUUAUAAGUUUGAAGCCAUGGUUGCAGAUUUUGGAUUAGCCAAGCUAUCAUCAGAUAAUCAUACACAUGUUUCAACACGUGUCAUGGGAACUUUUGGGUAUCUGGCUCCUGAGUAUGCAUCAAGUGGCAAGCUAACAGAAAAAUCUGAUGUCUUCUCCUAUGGUGUGAUGCUUUUAGAGUUGAUAACUGGACGAAGACCUGUUGAUAAUAAUCACACAUUCAUGGAUGAUAGCUUGGUUGAUUGGCAGGCAAGGCCUAUUCUAUCGCGUGCAUUAGCUGAUGGUGACUACGAUCAAUUAGCUGAUCCACGUUUGGAUGGCAACUAUGAUCCAAUGGAAAUGGCACGUAUGAUAGCAAGUGCUGCAGCUAGUGUUCGUCAUUCUGCGAAAAAACGUCCUAAAAUGAGUCAGAUUGUACGAGCAUUGGAAGGGGAUGUAUCUCUUGAAGACUUGAAUGAGGGAAUGAGGCCCGGGCAAAGCAUGCUCUUUAGCUCCAGCUCGGAUUAUGAUUCAGGCUCAUACAAUGCAAAAAUGAAGCGAAUUAGGAAAAUGACACUUCCAAGUCUUGAAUAUAGUGAUGAAUAUAGUGGAAUCAUGGAUGAAUAUGGACACCACUAUUCUAUAUCGAGUAGUGAUGGGAUAUUUUCUGAUCAAUUGAAUCCAAUUGGAAACCAAAAGCAUAGGACUUAUCCGCCACUCUAAGAAAGCAUUUGUCUAACGCAUCCCUCCAUUGGAGUGAACAAUGAAGUGAGCUUAAUACUCCAUGGUCAUUUGUGAAUCAUGAUCCACUUGACGCAUAUAGAGUGUGUGUUCUAAAAAUUUUCAAAAUAUGAAGGAAGGCAUAGCUACAGCUUAGACUAUAUGUUCUUUCAAGUUAAAAGAAAAGCUUGGGGUAUUUAAAAAAAAAGAAAGUUCUAGGGUUGCAUGUUUUUUCAUUGUUCAUGUCUAGGAAAGAAUAUGUAAAUAGAUAAAUUUGGAUUGAAGGUUUAUUUGAUAUUUUCUAUGAUGUUUUCCAUACCUUC